AUGGAGACAGCACAGGACCACGCGAAGAAGCGGAAGCGAAAGCACAAAAGCUCGGAAGGGAAGAGCGCAAAGCCGCACCAGCAAGAGCCAGAGGCGGUAGAAGCAGAAUCACAAACGCCUACCAAGAAGCAAAAAGUCGACCAGCACGACGACGAUGGCGAGCAGCUUGACGGCGAACACAUUGAGAAUGGCGUUGAGACCCAAAAGGAUGUACCUGCCCUGCCAUCCGCGGAUACAAUGGCUCUUCCUACACAGGAGGCCGUGUCGAAUAAAUUCAGCGACCUUUCGCUGUCAGAGCCAACGGUCAAGGCGAUUGCCGGCAUGGGCUUUACGACCAUGACCGAGAUACAGCAGCGAGGCAUUCCGCCUUCGUUGGCGGGCAGGGAUAUACUGGGCGCAGCGAAGACGGGGUCGGGAAAGACGUUGGCGUUUUUGAUACCUGCCGUGGAGAUAUUGCGGUCGUUGAAGUUUAAGCCUAGAAAUGGGACUGGUGCGCUUAUUAUUACGCCGACGCGAGAGCUGGCGCUACAGAUCUUUGGCGUUGCGAGGGAGCUGAUGGAGCACCAUUCGCAGACGUAUGGGGUGGUGAUUGGCGGUGCGAACAGGCGUGCUGAGGCGGAGAAGCUGAAUAAGGGCGUUAAUGUGCUGAUUGGGACUCCCGGGCGGCUGCUGGACCAUCUGCGGUCGACGGAGGGGUUUGUCUUUAAGAACCUGAAGACUCUUGUCAUUGACGAGGCGGACCGAAUUCUCGAAGUCGGAUUCGAAGACGAGCUACGACAGAUCAUAUCCAUUCUGCCCAAGGAGGACAGACAGACGAUGCUGUUCUCCGCAACGCAGACGACCAAAGUGGAGGACCUCGCACGCAUAUCCCUGAAGCCCGGCCCGCUGUACAUCAACGUCGACCACAAGAAGGAGCACAGCACGGUCGACGGGGUGGAGCAGGGAUUUAUAAUCUGCGAAGCCCACAAGCGGUUCCUGCUGCUGUUCUCGUUCCUGAAGAAAAACGCGAAAAAGAAGAUUAUAGUCUUCUUCUCCAGCUGCAACUCCGUCAAGUACUACUCUGAGCUGCUGAACUAUAUCGAUUUGCCGGUGCUCAGUCUGCACGGGAAGCUGAAGCAGCAGAAGCGAACGAAUACGUUUUUUGAGUUCUGCAACUCGGCUCAGGGCACGCUUAUCUGUACCGACGUUGCUGCCAGAGGUCUAGAUAUUCCGGCAGUGGACUACAUUGUGCAACUUGAUCCGCCUGACGACCCAUCGGAGGUAGGCUUCAUCAACCAUCUGAGAGAGGCACGGGUGCCUGUGGUAGAGUUUGAGUUUCCUACCAAGCACAUUAUCAACAUCCAGUCGCAGCUGGAGAAGCUGAUCAGCCAGAACUACUACCUCAACCAGUCUGCGAAAGAAGGGUACAGGUCAUAUCUGCAUGCAUAUGCAUCGCACUCUCUGCGGUCUGUGUUUGACGUGAACAAGCUGGACCUGGUCAAGGUGGCCAAGAGCUAUGGCUUUACUACGCCGCCGCGGGUGGACAUUACGCUGGGAGCGAGCAUGAGCCGGGACAAGAAGGUGCAGGCACGACGGACGUAUGGCAGCCAGCCGAAGGGCGCGAGAUUUAAGCGGAAGCAUGACGAUUAA